AUGUACACCAAGAAGCACCCGUUUCGCAUGCAAAAGCUCAAUAUCAUCUGGGAAAAGGCCAAGACGAAACUUGAUGGAAAAGCGCUAAAGAAUCUACACGAAGACAUGAAACACCAGGAUGCAAAUGAGAUUGCCCUGAAGAAGCUAAAAGCCGACCACCAUGACAAGGACGGUCUUCGUGAAGCUCAAGUACGCAAAGAAUUUCGAGCACUGAUGCGAAAGUACAGUAUUGAAUGGGAGGACAAGAAUAUCGCCGGCAAAGACAUUAAUAAUAAACCCGCUGACUCAAAUGCCGGCGCAGAAGUUCAUGAGAAGCCGCUGUUCAAGGACAAAAAGGUGGACAAGCUGUGGAAGAAGGCGAAAAAGGGCGAUCUGAAUGAGGAGCAGCUGAAGAUUCUGAAAGAGGAGCUGAAGCACUACGAGGAGAAGAUGUCUCAGUACCACCACAUGAUCUCCGAGCUGCAUAACAAAAAGCACAAGGAAAAGGCCCGACAGGAGAGCUUGGAAAAUCACAUUGACGAGGUGCUAGGACAGGAGGAAAUCGAAAAGGAGCUCAAGGUAGAGGAGACAAGCAAGACGGUGGAGGCGAAACAUCGUGAGCUGAAAGACGAGUACCGACGCCUCUCCGAUGCCGUCUUCAACGCCACCGUCAACGGACAGAAGCUGAAGGGCGGGGAGUUUGAGGAGGAACGUGCCUCCAAGCUGUGGUCACUGGCACUCAAGUCGGACUUUACCGACGAGGAGCUGGAGACGCUGCGAGACGAGCUGCUGCACUUUCAGACGCGCAUUCAGAAGCUCAACUUCUUCCGCGCCCAGCUCGAGUCGGACAAGAUGGCGGGGAAGAAGGGCCUGAACGAGGUGACGGAGGAGGGAGAGAAGGAAGGCCUGAGCGACCACGCUCAGCACAUCGUCCGCAAGGUGAAAGAGCUCAAUCACAAGGUGGAGAAGAUGCACUCCAAAAUUGAGACGCAAAUUCUGCAGCGACACUCUGAGCUUUGA